UGGGCUUCUCUGUGCCGGUGGGAGCUUGGCGUGAGAUCCCCCUCCUUCUGCCCUCUUCCUAUUCUUUACUCCUCAGGCAAAAAAGGUUGUUCAAGGAGACUCCAGGAUUGGGGUCUGCCUCAUCACUGUCACCAGGGGCCUUUUUUUUUCUGACUGAUUUGCCAGAGCUCCCCAUCAGUCCUUGCUGUGCCUCUGGAAGCAAAGGGAAGGCAGCUGUGGGAUCCUGGCUGAACAGAGUCCAGCAUUUUGGCGCCCUGCUCCUGCACCAUGAAAAUCCUGCUUUGUGAUCUCCUGCUGCUCAGCCUCUUCUCCAGCGUGUCCGGCAGCUGCCAGAAGGACUGCCUGACCUGCCGGGAGAAGCUCCGCCCAGCUCUCGACCCCUUCAACCUUGAGGUGUGCAUCCUUGAGUGCGAAGGGAAGGUCUUCAGCAGCCCUCUCUGGACUCCGUGCACCAAGGUCAUGACCAGGGGCUCCUGGCAGCUCAGCCCUGCUGACCCAGAGCACGUGGCAGCUGCCCUUUACCAGCCCAGCGCCUCCGAGAUGCAACUGAAGCGCAUGCCUCGCAUCAGGAGCCUAAUCCAAGCCCAGAGAGGGACAGAGCCCGGCAUGGAUGAGGCUGGAGAGAUGGAGCAGAAGCAGCUGCAGAAGAGGUUCGGGGGCUUCACCGGGGCCCGCAAGUCGGCCCGGAAGUUGGCCAACCAGAAGCGGUUCAGUGAGUUUAUGAGGCAGUACCUGGUCCUGAGCAUGCGGUCCAGCCAGCGCCGGCGCACCCUUCAUCAGAAUGGUGUCCGGGUGAUCCCCAAAACAGCAUGUCUCCAGCCCCAGACCUGCCGGCUGGGAAUCGGGACUCCUCCUUCCCCAAGGCACUGAGGCAGGAUUUGCCUCCAGGUCUCCGCCCCCAGGGCAGAGACCCUCCCUGUCCAAUUGUCUUUCCCUCCCCAUUCCCCCACCCCACCCCCAUGGCAUGUUUCAUGACAACCUUGUUGCUACAUCAGAGUGUAUUUUUGUAAUUCCUCCAGCUAACAUAGAAACAGCCCCAUUUUUCCUUCUCACUCCCCUUUCUUCUAACAGGGGUGGGUCAAAGGAACAGGAAACCAAGCCUGGGGUUUUGACUUGUCACUGCCAUAACUUGUUUGUAAAAGAGCUGUUCUUUUGGACUGAUUGUUUAAAACAGGUAUUUCUCCAUUAAACUUCUA